CGCUUUCCACAGUAUGGCCGGUGAUAUUAGCUAGCAGUCGCUCUACAGUAUUCUCUGUAAAAGGGAAGACGGUAAAACCAAGAAAUUACACCUGGAUUGCUAAAGGACUGUACUUAAUAAAUUAUAACGAUCAAGCAAGGACAAACUAAUUAAGUUGAAAACGUAACCUACAUUUAAUUUCUGUUAUUGGUGUCUGCUGUGUCACGAUGGAAGAGAACGGUGCACACUUCUUCGAGGGAACCGAGAAGCUGUUGGAGGUGUGGUUCUCCCGGCAAGAUGAGAAUAAAGGAACAGGGGACCUCCGUACCAUCCCAAGGUUUGAGUGGGACAAACUUCUGGAGAAUGUGCACUGUUUGAUCAUAAGUGUGACGAAGACCGACAAGCAGGAAGCUUAUAUACUCAGUGAGAGUAGCAUGUUUGUCUCCAAGAGACGUUUCAUUUUGAAGACAUGUGGAACCACCCUCUUACUGCAAGCACUGAUGCCUCUGCUGGAACUGGCCAGAGAGUACUGUGGCUUUGAUGCCAUUGAGGAUAGGUCAGAGGUUCUAACUCCAUCUCCUCACUGCCUACAGAAUUUCUUCUAUUCUCGUAAGAACUUCAUGAAGCCCACCCAUCAGGAGUUCCCUCAUCGGAACUUCCAGGAGGAAGUGGAAUUUCUCAGCCAGAUUUUCCCAAACGGAGCAGCGUACUGCAUGGGACGUUUGAACUCUGAUUGCUGGUACCUGUUUACUCUGGAUUUGCCAGAGUUCUGGGAGAACGAGCAUGCGGAUCAGACGCUGGAAGUUCUGAUGAGUGACCUUGAUCCAGCAAUUAUGGACCAGUUCUUCAUGAAAGACGGUGUUUCUGCAAAUGAUGUCACUCGUAUGAGUGGAAUUCGUGACCUGAUACCAGGUUCUGUGAUUGACGCCACGAUGUUCAACCCUUGUGGCUACUCAAUGAAUGGAAUGAAGACUGAUGGAACUUACUGGACGAUCCACAUCACUCCAGAGCCAGAGUUCUCCUAUGUCAGCUUUGAAACCAACCUCUCUCAGACGUCCUACGAUGAUCUGGUCAGGAAAGUUGUGGACGUGUUUAAGCCAGGAAAAUUUGUGACGACGCUAUUUGUUAACCAGAGCUCCAAAUGUCGCAGUGUCUUUUCUUCCGCCCAGAAACUCGAGGGGUACAAGCGCCUCGACCGCCAGUUGGCCCAAUUCAACGAUUACAAUUUUGUCUUUACUAGUUACGCCAAGAGCCGCCAGCAGAACCAGCAAAGUUGAGGUUUAAGAAUGAAAAAGAAGCGUAAGAAGAAAGGCGGCUGCGUCGCGGGGCUCACCCCCUGCGGCUGCCUUUCUGUCCUAGCGGAGAGGCCCACUCCACUCUGCUGCCAUUGUUCAGGAUUUCUUGGCAUCGAGGCCACAGGCCCUAAUAGUUUAAACUCCAGUUUGAAUUGUAUGCAUUGUUGUACCUAUAACUUAGCUCUCUUGCAUGAAAGUUAUUUUUUCUGUUUAGAUAGUCUAGUGCACUCUUGCUGUGAUCUUGAAGUGCAUGUAGAAGAAUUAAACAUGCUCUGUUUGAGGCUGUCCAGCCUGGCCCAAUGCAGCGGCCCCUUCCUGCAGGUCUCCCCCCUCAUUCCCCACAGACAGGGCUUUCGUGCCCACUAGUCCAGGGCCCUGACAUGCUCAGAUGGGUCCACCUCUAUGUGCUUAAACAUUUUUUUUAUAAAAUCGGUAAGUUGAAAUGCAAUCUCCCCCCUUCACUGAUUAGCUUCUUAUUUGAUUUGUUGCAAAAGUGUCCUUUUUUUGAGUGCACUUUAAGAAGUUUUCAGCUCGAGCAGGACUCAGUACCCAAACGUAAAACACCAACUUGUAAAAAAAAAAAAUUUUUGGCAUAUUGAAUUUCAAGAUGCUUCUAAUCACUCAAAGAUCAACAUGUGAGCUUUGGGCCAUAAUGUUGUUUGUCAUGUUGCAUCAACCUAGUUAAUGAAUUCCUUAAAUCAAAAUGCCUUUGUCAGUGUUUCACUGAGAGAGGCUGACUGCUGGGCAAUGUGAUCUAGUUCUUGGCUGUAAACUGCACCGGAGCCAAAAUAAUUAUUGCUAGAAUUGGGUUCUCCCCUCACUUCAGUCAGCCAUGCUUCUCUCCACCUCGACAAUACAUUUUGCUAUUGAAUGUGUCCAUAAAUAGACAGGCUAAACUUUUUCCCAUGCAACAGUAUGCGUUAGUGUACAUUUAAAACAUCAAGUUGGGUACUUCAUGGUAUGGGAUGUGUAAUACAUGUUUACAUUUACACCAAGGCUCCUACAUUUAUAAACUGGGUGGUUCGCGCACUCAAUGCUGAUUGGCUGAAAGCUGUGGUAAUAUCAGAUGGUAUACCACACCCCCUUGUGCCUUAUUGCUUAAGUAUACUGCACCAACAGGAAGCGUCUGGUUCUUGGAUUUCUCAGUCAGUUUAAACACUUCAUUUAUCCAUUAAUAAUUGAAUACAUUAUAAAAAAAAUCAAAACUUGACACUAGAUCAGUCAUGUAAGAACAAAGGCUGUGCCAACUGAAUGUUGAGGGGCAUGUUUAGAAUAGCGGAGCCUGUUGAGGGGCUUUAUCUGAAUGUAAAUGACUCAAGGAGACUCAGUCGUCACCUUGUCGCUGUGGUGUGGGCCAGAACAAUGCCCUCUGCAGUCCAGCAUGGUCAGCCAUUGUCUCCCGGCCCAGCGGGUCUCCCCAUAACACACAGUAAGCCUCAGCUGGCCCCAGAACCAUGCUUGACAGUGGCACUCCUGGCUGCACCGUGUGGCCCUGAAUGGAAAUAAUGACUCAGACUCUGCUUAGUGCAGCGGUUGCCCAGCAAAGCGUUUCUUUCUUUUUAAAAACAAUGUACAUCCUCUCCCCCCCCCUAUACAGGAAUCGGUAAGCGCACAAUGGAGGCCCACCAAUCUGAGCAUGCCAGGGUGAUCCCGGAUCAUUCCACACAACUGUUGCAUAAACCAUUUUAUUAAUUUUAUUGUGCGCAGACAUUUUGCAGUGAAUUGGUCCCAAAUGUGACGCCACUGCAGUUUUUUUUGGAGCACAAUCAAUACCCUUUGUUCAUUGAUGGGGGAAAAUCCUGUGGUGCAUGUGACUACUAGUUCUGUAUUGCUUGACAGUGUAGUGUGCUGCGGUCUGUUCCUCCUAUGUAGAGUGAUGUGCAUCACCUUCCAGUUUCAUCAGCUCAUGUAGAUGGGACUGGAGCAUCCUGAUGUUUUAUUGAACGGGUGGGUCGGGGUUAAUGUUUAUCUACUUUGCCAACAGUGCUGAAGGCAGGCCUUAAUCUAUAUGGUUACUAUACAGAUAUUGAUGUUUAAAAUAUAUAUAUUUUUUAGGAUGUUGGAUUGUCUUCUCGGGCUGGUCAGUAAAAUUCAUGAUGCUUCUCCUGCCAGUGAAUGCAGAUUGAUUUGAAUUUGCUGACAAACCUGGGGUGGAUAGGGAACAUUUCUUUUGUUUUUGACUGCUGUUUUUAAAAAUGUAUUUUAAGACUGCCGUUUCUGGCCUGCCUUUAGCACUUCUGAGCGUUAUAACCUGUGCUGCGUUGCCCCAUUGUUAGGAACUGUAAGAUCACGCUAGUUCAGAAAGCUCUUAAAACACCAGAGAAUGGCUCAUUAUAUACACAAGUCUGGACAUCCCUUCAAAUUUGUGCUUUCGGUCAUUUCAGCCACACCUGUUGCUGGCAGGUGUGUGCAAUUUGAUACAUUGUACAAUGUCCAUAGACACACAUUGGCUGUAGAAUGGCCUUAACAAAGAGCGCUGACAUUCAAUGUGUCACCGUCAUAGGAUGCCACCUUCCCAACAAGUAAGUUUGUCAAAUUUCUGCCCUGUUAGAGCUGGUCAACAAAGUGCUGUUAUUGUGAAGUGGAAACAUCUAGGCACAACGGCUCAGCAGCGAAUUGGUAGACCUCACAGGACUGCCGAGUGCUUUUUAAAAAAUAUAUAUAUAUUAGUUCUCGGUUGCAACACUCACUACAGAGUUGCUUCUAGAGGCGGGUAGGACCGUCGGCACAAGAACCGUUCGUUGGGAGCUUCAUGAAAUGGGUUUCUAUGGACGCGCAGCCGUACACAAGCCCAAAAUCACCAUGCACAAUGCCAAGCAUCAGCUGGCCUUUGCCGCCUUUAGAAUAUGGAGUAGUGGAAAUGCCUUCUCUGGAGUGAUGAAUCAUGCCUAACCAUCUGGCAGUCCGAUGGACAAAUCUGGGUUUGGCAGAUGCCAGGAGAACGCUACCUGCCCCAAUGCAUAGUGCCAAAUGAAGUUGGGUGCAGGAGGAAUAAUGGCCAAGGGCUGUUUUUCAUGGUGCGGGAUAGGCCCUUUAGUUCCAGUGAAGGGGUCGCUUAACUCAACAGCAUACAAUAACAUUGUAGACUAUUUGCUUCCAACUUUGUGGCAAUGGGGGAAGGCCCUCUUCCUGUUUCAGCAUGUCAAAUCCCCCGUGCAGAGGUCCUUUACAGAAAUGGUUUGUCAAUCGGUGUGGUUGAACUUGACUGGUCUGCACAGAGCCUUGACAGAGCACAGAGCCGUUUUUAGGAUGAAUUGGAACGCUGACUGAGCCAGGCCUUUAGUGCCCAACAUCAGUGCUCGGCCUCACGAAUUCUCAUGUGGCUGAAUGGAAGCAAGUUCCCGCAGCAAUGUUCCAACAUCUAGUGGAAAGCCUUCCCUGAAGAGUGGAGGCUGUUUUUUAAAGCCGCAAGGGGGGACCAACUGAAUAUUAAUUGCCAUGAUUUUGGAAUGCGGUGUCUCUGUACUUUUGGUCAUGUAGUGUGAUGGUGUACCGUAGACGGUGACAACCAUUUCUCCCCAGGAAGCUAAAAUUGUGAUUGACGUUGCAAGGGGACCACUAGAAUUAGUUAAUGUAAGGACCUGGGCAAAGUUGACAAUUGGAAUAUCUUCCCUCCAACAUGUCUGGCUUUUUGGAAUGGUUUCUUUUUUUUCUCUUUCUGAGGACCAACCUUUGACAGGUAUCCUUACCUGCAAUGUCAUUCUUAUGCCUGUAGUGACCCGCCUCCUUUGUGUUCUAAGAGCUGUAGUGACUGACUGGUUUAGGGAAUAGGCACCAGCACAUUUCACAACUUUUGGUUACUGUUUUUGGAUGAAGUCAUAUUUAGACUUGGUGAUCUGCGUAUGGGUUAGUUCUGUUGGUUUGGAACAUUUUUUUAGAAGCUUUUUUUUUUGUGGGGGGGGGUGCAAUUUUGCCUACGGACCAACCAUAUUUUGUUUUUGUCCAACCCUUUUUGUUGUAAAACCAGUGUUCCAAACUUAGUUUCUAAAAACAAUAUUUGGAUCAUGAAAUUGUUCUUGCCUUACCCUUUCUUAAAAUGUUUAUCCUGUGCUGUGUUUUCUGGGGAAGGGAAAAGUCAAACACAUUCCCUGAUGUGAGGGUGAACUUACAGGAUGUACUGAAGGGAACUUUGCUGUUCUAAUUAUUUUGCUAUACUUUGGAUGGUCAAGAUGUGCUAAAUAUAUCUGUACUAUGAGCUUGAUGCUUUAAUAAAUAAAGAUGACUCUUC